AUGGUGGAGCGGCUGAUCAGGGCGCUGUACUCGCCGAGUAACGUCUUCUGCAUUCACUACGACCAAAAGUCCCCCGCUGUGUUUCGGUCGGCGAUGGAAGGCAUAGCUCGCUGCUUGCCCAACGUCUUCAUCGCCUCCAAGCGCGAGUACGUCAUUUACGCCGGCUUCACUCGCCUGAAAGCAGACAUCAACUGCCUGUCCGACCUCCUGGAGGUGGACGUCCCCUGGAAGUACGUCAUCAACCUCUGUGGGCAGGACUUCCCCCUGAAGGCUAACAUGGAGCUGGUGUCGGAGUUGGCCGGCCUGAACGGCGCCAACAUGCUGGACACGUACCGACCCAACAAGUCCAAGAAGCAGAGGUUCUCCUUGCACUACGAGCAGAAGGACUGGAUAUGUUUACUGGCAGCGCCUACUUCGUGCUCUCACGUGAUCAGAAGGAAGGACACGAAGGACCCGGAUGAGACGCUGCGCAACCUCACGGCCGACUACUCGCACUUCCUUCAGGUCAGAGGCUACGAAGACGUGUGCGCCACCGAGAAGGAGAGACACUUCCACCUGGCGUACUCGCUGGUGGUGCACAAGUAUGCCUGGAUGGUGGAGCGGCUGAUCAGGGCGCUGUACUCGCCGAGUAACGUCUUCUGCAUUCACUACGACCAAAAGUCCCCCGCUGUGUUUAGGUCGGCGAUGGAAGGCAUAGCUCGCUGCUUGCCCAAUGUCUUCAUCGCCUCCAAGCGCGAGUACGUCAUUUACGCCGGCUUCACUCACCUGAAAGCAGACAUCAACUGCCUGUCCGACCUCCUGGAGGUGGACGUCCCCUGGAAGUACGUCAUCAACCUCUGUGGGCAGGACUUCUCCCUGAAGACCAACAUGGAGCUGGUGUCGGAGUUGGCCGGCCUGAACGGCGCCAACAUGCUGGACACGUACCGACCCAACAAGUCCAAGAAGCAGAGGUUCUCCUUGCACUUCGAGCAGAAGGACUGGAUGUCGCCAAAGAGAACAAACCUGGCCAAGAGCGCCCAGCCUCACGGCAUCGAGAUGUUUACUGGCAGCGCCUACUUCGUGCUCUCACGUGAUCAGAAGGAAGGACACGAAGGACCCGGAUGA